AUGUUUUACCCAAGCGACGUUUGGAAACUGUAUUUCACCCUCUCCCCUUUGCUUGUAUCUCGAGUGGAUUGGUUGGAAGGCAGUAUACAAUUUUUAAAAUUUAAUUUUUAUCCUGCUGUGAUCCUCAGACGGGACCCAAAGCAUGUCCAGAUGUCAUUCUUCUUUCCUUAAUUCUACCAACAGUAACCUUGUGAGAUUUUUCCCCCAAAAGCAAAGACCUAGCAGGCACGUUGAAAAGAUGAAAAGGACACAACUGCUUUUAAAUGACCUUCAAGUGAGCCCUGAAGACUAAUGCAGAGAAUUAACAAGAACGUGGUUUUGGCCCUUCUUACUUUAACAAGUUCAGUCUUCCUUCUGUUUCAGUUGUACUACUAUAAGUAUUACUUGUCUCCAAAGAAUGGUGCUGUUUUCCCCAAGGUUAAAGGGAGUAAGACAGGACAAGACAGUAGCCGAUGGAACGUGGUUCGGAAAUUCCUUGGUCUGGUAUCCCGCCACCAUAUAUCUGUGCAUCUUAUCGACCCAUUACUUCUAGGAUUGAUUGCUACUGACUUGGAGCAACUCAAGGCCUCCCCUGAGGGCAGCUACUCAGAAUGCAGAUACCUCUGUGUUCCCCGGGACUUCACUACUUUUGCACUACUAGACAAGACCUGGAAACUGGAGAUGGGCUUGUUUCGAGCAGCCGAGAGAGUCGGAUUCCAGUGGCUAAAGGUUCAGAGCAAAGACCCCCGUCUAGAAGGAAUGGAGGAUCUCUCAGGGACUGAGAUUCCCUUGCACUAUAUCUUCAGGCUGGCCAACCAUGCCAUCCACAUGGUGGUCUUUUAUGAGAGGAACGGCAACUAUCUGUGGCACGGACAGCUGCGGUUGAAACGGCUCGUGGACAGGAAAUUUGUGCCUUUCCGAAAGCUAUGGUUCGGCCGCUACCCUGGAGCCUACGAGAAGCUAAAACUACAAAGCAUCUCUCUUGAUGGAUUAACAGUCCAGAUUCCGAAAGAGCCGUCGCAUUUCCUCGAAGAAUGGUCUCACUCGAGGUUCAUUGAAUGUAGGUACAAAGAAGCUCGAUCUUUCUUUCAGCUGUAUCCCGACGAUAUGUCUCUCGAUGCAGUGGAGUUCAGGAAAAAAGCCAAAGUAUUACUGCAUCUUGCUGCUGCAACAUUAAACAGUUUGGGAGUGAGAUUCUGGCUGAGCAGCGGAACGUGCCUAGGUUGGUACAGACAGUGCAAUAUUAUCCCUUAUAGCAAAGAUGUGGAUUUGGGAAUUUUUGUUAAAGACUAUAAGACGGAUAUUGUUUCAGCCUUUGAACAGGCAGGAUUACCACUGAAGCACAAGUUUGGCAAGGUAGAAGAUAGCUUGGAGCUUUCCUUUCAAGGAGAAGAUGAUGUGAAGCUCGAUAUUUUUUUCUUCUAUGAAGAGGAAGACCACAUGUGGAACGGAGGAACUCAGGCCAAAUCAGGCAAAAAAUUCAAGUACCUGUUUCCCAAGUUCACGCUGUGUUGGACUGAGUUUGUAGAACUCAAGGUGCGCGUGCCAUGCGAAACCCUCCAGUACAUUGAAGCCAACUACGGUAAAGAGUGGAAGACGCCUGUGAAGCAGUGGGACUGGAAGAACUCGCCCCCCAAUGUGCAGCCCAAUGGGAUCUGGCCCAUUGAUGAGUGGGAAGAAGUCAUUCAACUCUAUUGAGCUGUGCGCAAGACCCCAGAAUGCAUUUGCAGUAUCCAUCACGCAUGACGCGGAAGUCAUGAUCAGAUGUGAGAUCCUUUGUCCGUUGUUUUCCUGAGACACUUUUAAAGUAUUUCUCAGCAUUCCACAGAUUGGUGCACUCCUUCGAGGAGCUGGGAAAUCUUUCAUGCCUCUAAGGAUGGUGGGAUAUCAAGGAAAAACAAUAUCAAGAAGCCAGUGGAGGAAGAAAGGAAUCCUGACCUUUUUUAACACUGUGCCUCAGAAAACUUCCUUUAGUAAAAAAAAAAAAACCCACAAAACCAGGCCAGAGGUGUAGCAAGUACCGGUGCGUCCUCCGCCCCUGUCCUGCCCCGGAAUGCUCCCGCCACGCCCCUGGAAUGCCCUCACCACGCCCCCACAGGCGCACCCCGCCCCCUGGGAGCUACGCCUCUGAACCAGGCCAGCCUCCUAGAAUGAAAAUAAGAGUUAAGCCAGGGAGAAAGUAAGAAGGAUCCUCUCUUAAAUAGAGCCAGUUCACCCUGGAAGGUUCGUGAUGCAGAAGAGGGAACAAAAUACUUGUAAGUAGCUAAGUCUACUCUGAUGAAGAGACAUCCUGUGUUGGCUGGGGAAAGUGUGUUUGUAGUUUCCAUGGCUGUUGUGCACACUUCUAAUUAAAGGGGAGUUCAGUUCUCCACAGGCCUUUGAUGUAGGGGACUUAGAAUGUGAACACUGAGUCAUGGCCAAAUGGCCAAGUUCAUGCUUUGCACCUUGUCAGCUGCUGCAGAAGCCAAACCCUGGAACUGAAAAAAAUCCACACAAUGUAGUUGUUGGUUCUUUUCCUGUUGUGCAGUGCUGAGAACGGAGGGACUUUUUCUCAACUUAGUGGCAACACGUGAGAAGCUGCAAGAGGGAGUGUCGUGAUUUUGCAGCUCCCCUGCCUGCAUUAGGUUGCUGUCAAUUAAAUGGGCAAAUUUCAAUACAGGAAGGGCAGGCGGUUGUCUCUUCUUUUUCCAGCCGCUGUCGUGUGGUCAGAGCACUGAACUAGGAUGACCCAGGCUCAGAUCUUCACUCUGCCAUGGAAGCUUGCUGGGUGACCUUAGUCCGGCCGCACGCUUUCAUCACAGAGAACGGAAUGAGGGCAGCAUGGAGGUUGGAAGGACAAUAUGACGGAAGACCCGCAUACACUGCUCCAAGAUCUUCAAAAGAAGGGUGGAAUGAAAAUGUGACAGACUUCCAGUAUCUACAGUGUUGGUAAUCAUGCUAUAUACCGUAUAUACUCAUGUAUAAGUCGAAUUUUUCAGCACAUUUUUAGUGCUGAAAAAGCUCCCCUCGACUUAUAUGCGAGUCAUUAAAAAAUUGUGUUUUUACUUUGCCGGCCAGC